AUGGCUGGACUACUUUCUUCCAUCUCCGUUUCGCUUCUCUCCUUGUCUCUCUUUGCUGCUGCUUUUCCGACCAAUUCUCUCCUUCCGCGCGACACCAAUGAUACCUACGUUGCUCCUACGUUUGAUAUCCGGGAGGGCGUUCCUCCGUUGAACUAUCAGCCUCAUAAAACUGGCAUCCAGUACACAAUCAAGAACGAGUCCGCCCAGCCAUGGCUUCACCUCUCAGAGCCAGCCACCCAUGCGGUGAACGCUCCCGAAGCAAGCUGCUCCUCUCUCACCCCGAACAACCCCACGCAGUGGUGGUAUGAAGCCAUCACCCACAACGGCGAGGCUUCCUACAUGGACUCGUCCUACAAGAACAACUACGUUGUCUUCCGAAAUGUCGUCACUGACUUUGGGGCCGACAACACUGGUUCCAAGGAUGCGUCUGCUGCCAUCCAGAAUGCUAUCAAUGCUGGAGCAUCGAACGGCCCUGCGAGGACCACCAACUCGAUGGGAACGACCGGCCAGCCAGCCGUCGUGUACAUCCCAUCCGGAACGUACUUGAUGACGGGCAGUCUUCAGCUGUACGUGGGCACCGUGCUCGUGGGCGACCCGAUCAACCCGCCCGUUCUCAAGGCCGCCGCCAACUUCCCCAACGACCACAUCAUCUACGGCAAGGACCCGAACCAGCAGGGCACGGUGAACUUUUACAUCGCCAUCAAGAACAUCGUCAUCGACUCGACGGGCGUCGACGCGGCGCAGAACAUUGCCCUGCUGGACUGGACCGUCAGUCAGGCGACGCAGCUGACCAAUGUCGUCUUUAACAUGCCGGACUACUCGAACCACAUUGGAGUGACCAGUCAGUAUGGUUACAACAGUAACACGAUUCUGAACGACCUCGUCUUCUACGGCGGAAAGUUCGCGCUGCAGCUCAGCGGCCAGCAAUGGGUGCUGAAGAACAUCAGCAUCGACGGCGCCAACGUCGGCAUGAGCAUCGGAGGACAGAACCUGGUGGUCGUAGACUCGCAGUUCCAAUACGUCGCCACGGGCAUUGAUGCCAGCGGUAUCAGCGGAUCGCUGACGGUGAUCGACUCGAGUGGCAGCAACCUGGGCACGUUGAUUAGUAGCAGCAGCUCCAGUGGCGCGGGGAACUCGAUCAUCCUGGACAAUGUCCAGAACAGUGGGAAUACCGUCACGCUGGGUGGGAAUGUUGUUUUGACUGGCAGUGUGACGGAUACCUGGGUGUAUGGAAAUGAGUACGCAUCCGGAAGCAGCACCGCCCAACAUGAAUCCGGACAGACGGUGAACACACCCCGUCCUGCAUCUCUCGUCUCCAACGGCAAGUACUUCACAAUGCCUCCGCCGACCUUCCAACAAUACUCUGUCGACGACGUGAUCAACAUCAAAUCCGUUUCCGGUCUGCCCGUCUACGGCGACGGCGUCACCGACGACACGGCCAACAUCAAUGCCAUCCUGCAGCAAUACGCGGGCUGCAAGAUUAUCUACUUCCCUGCGGGAACGUAUAUCGUGACCAACACCAUCUUCGUUCCUGCCGGCUCCCGCAUCUACGGCGAUGCCUAUGCUUCGGCCAUUUCUGCCAUUGGUUCGAACUACUACAAUCCCGACGCCCCUGGAACAAUGGUCCAGGUGGGCAACCCUGGUGAUGUCGGUGUUGCGCAGAUUGUCGACAUGCUGUUCACGGUGGCGGAUGUGUUGCAGGGGUGCAAGCUGGUUGAGGUUAACAUUGCCGGCUCCUCGCCCGGCGACGUCGGGUUCUGGAACUCUCAUUUCCGGAUCGGCGGCGCCGCAGGCAGCAAAGUCGAAACCAACUGCGCCGGCACUCCCGACGAGUGCAAAGCCGCCUGGGGCGUGAUCCAUCUGACCAACACAUCCUCGACGUAUAUCGAGAACAUGUGGGGAUGGACGGCCGACCACGACCUGGACGGCGGCAACGGGCAGACAAUUUCAACAGGCCGGGGCAUGCUGGUCGAGGCGACCAAGGGGACAUGGCUGGUCGGCACGGCCUUCGAGCACCACACGCUGUACCAGUACAACUUCAACUCAGCGCAGAACGUCUUCUCGGCAUUCCAGCAGAGCGAAACGCCUUACUGGCAGGGACCCGGUAACGACCUCGCGCCCGCGCCGUGGACCGACAACCUCAUCGCCAGCGACCCGGAUUUCACGAACUGCGCCGCAGACGACGGCAAAUGCCGGAUGGCGUGGUUCGAGCACGUCAGGGACUCGUCGAACCUGUUCCUGUACGGCGGGUGUGUCUGGACGUUCUUCGACGACAACAACGGCAACUGCAACGGCGACUGUCAGGAGAACGCCAUCCAGAUCCUUUCGUCCUCGUCGCUGUACUUCUACGGCACGAACACAAAGGCCGUGACGAACGUGUUUGUCGAGGACUCGACGGCGAUAGCGACGGAGAGUGCGAACGCGGGUGGAUGGGGAGCUGUCGUUGCGGCGUAUCUGCAUGAUACGUAG